AGAUUACUUGUAGAGUUCUAAGUUGACUUGCUAUUCGAUAUUUCGCGUCUGUUUUUUUAUUUAGAACCAUAAAAAACGGAGUGCGUGCUGCGCGCGUACCUACUCAUCUCUCUAUUAAUUUGUUUACAAAUACAAAACAUUAAACUGCUAAGUGCUAAGCAAGUAUCUUGCAGGUUAUCAUUUUGUAAACUUAAAAUAAUAAAAGACUAGUAUGGCUACUUUCGAAGACAAAAUCCUGGGCGAGAAGUUACAAAACUAUUGUAGCAGCAGCGAAGACGAGGGUUCCGAGGACGAAGACAGUCGAAGCGGAGGUGAAGAAGAAAAAACUUCGAAACCAUGUACAGCCAGCGCCGAACCCGCCCCAGUCAACAACUGGAAUGGUACAGCAAGCAAUACUGGCCCCAAAGGUGUAUUGGAAGACUGGCGAAGGUUCAAAGAGCUGGAAGCCGCAAAUCGUGAAGAACUAGCGAAAGAACGAUUUGCUCUAGCUAAAAAGCUCACUAUGACAGUAAAAACUGCGCGCGAAGAAGAAGAUGCAAAAGAGAUCGAUGAACUGGAAGAAGAGUUAAACGAACUGUUAGACGAAGGGUUUCUGAUGAAAUACCAACAACAAAGGAUGCAGGAACUAAUGACACAGCUGCAAAAGGCUCCUAACUUUGGUAAGGUUAUAACAUUGAAAAAUCAAGAGGAGUUUUUGAACGCGAUCGACAAAGAAGAUUCGAAAGUCGCAGUAAUUAUUCACAUUUAUAAUAAUGGUGUGCAAGCGUGUGAGAGUAUGGAUGGUUGUUUGAAUAUACUUGCAGCUGAUUAUCCGGGUGUAAAGUUUUGUCGCAUAGCAGCUAAUAUUGCUGGAUUAAGUAGGCAUUUUCGUGUCGAGGGAGUGCCAGCUUUGUUGGUCUAUAAAGGAGGCCAAAUGAUUGGAAAUUUUGUACAGUUGAUAACUGAGUUGGGUGACGAUUUUUAUGCUACAAAUGUUGAAAAGUUUCUUAUAGAAUAUGGUAUGCUGCCUGAGAAUUAAUACAGUGAAAAUUUGUGAACGGUCACAACAACAUAGUUUAUAAUGAUGUAUUUGUUAUACAUAUAUUUUUUUAUAUAUUGAUGCAAAGCCUGAGUCCCUGCUAUUGUAGCAUUUUAAACCUAUUAUUACAACUGUUGAUUUUGCAACAUAGUAAUUGUCGUCCCUUCGAUGUUAUGUAAGAUUUUUGUGAAGUAUAUAUUUAUUUAAAUUUAAGGUCAGAUCUAAUGUGUAAGUAUUGCAGUGUUUUUCAAAAAUAAUCACACUAAUAUUAUAAAGGCAAAUGUUUGUGUGUAGGUUACUCCUUCAUGCAAAAACUACUGGACGGAUUUGGCUGAAAUAUAGAAUGGAGAUAGAUUAUACCCUGGAUUAACACAUAUUCUACUCUUUUUUCCGGACAGUUAAAGAGUUC